AUGGCGAACGAAGAGACAGACCGCGCGCCGCGCGAGGUGAAGAACCACAUGCUGUUCGAAAUUGCCACAGAAGUCGCACACAGAGUUGGUGGUAUCUACUCCGUCAUCAAGUCCAAGGCGCCUGUGACGACGGCCGAAUAUGGCGACCGCUACACCCUCAUUGGGCCGCUCAACCACCAGUCCGCGGCUGUGGAGGUCGAAGCUGUAGAACCUACCAACCCCGAACUUGCCGCGACGAUCCAGUCCAUGAAAGACCGGGGCAUUGGCGUCUUGUACGGGCGUUGGCUGAUCGAGGGCGCCCCACGAGUUCUCCUCUUCGACACAAAAACAGCGUAUGGGUACAUCAACGAGUGGAAAGCAGAUCUGUGGAACGUUGCUUCCAUUCCAUCGCCAGACAACGACGACGAGACCAACGAGGCAGUCGUUUUUGGAUACCUUGUUGCUUGGUUCCUCGGCGAGUACGUGUGCCAUGAGAAGAAGAAGGCCGUCAUCGCCCAUUUCCACGAGUGGCUGGCAGGUGUUGCCCUGCCACUCACCAAGAAGAGACAAAUCGAUGUGACCACCAUCUUUACGACUCACGCGACCCUUUUGGGGCGAUACCUGUGCGCCGGUUCUGUCGACUUUUACAACAACCUCCAACACUUCGAUGUUGAUGCGGAAGCGGGAAAGCGUGGCAUCUACCACCGAUACUGCAUUGAGCGAGCCGCUGCUCACUCUUGCGAUGUUUUCACGACCGUCUCCCACAUCACAGCUUAUGAGAGCGAGCACUUGCUCAAGCGCAAGCCAGAUGGUGUGCUUCCCAACGGACUGAAUGUCACAAAAUUCGCUGCGGUCCACGAGUUCCAGAACUUGCACCAGCAAUCUAAGGAAAAGAUUCACGACUUCGUCCGAGGCCACUUCUAUGGCCAUUACGACUUCGACCCCGAAAACACACUUUACUUCUUCACGGCCGGCCGUUACGAGUUCAGGAACAAGGGUGUCGACAUGUUCAUUGAGUCACUCGCUCGGUUGAACCACCGGCUCAAGUCGGCUGGUAGCAAGACGACAGUCGUCGCUUUCAUCAUCAUGCCAGCGCAGACCACCUCGCUGACGGUCGAGGCCCUCAAGGGGCAGGCCGUCAUCAAGUCUCUCCGGGACACCGUCGACACGAUUGAGAGGAAUAUUGGCCGGCGCAUUUUCGAGCGGUCGCUCAAAUGGCACGAUGGCGAGCCCCUGCCAGAGGAGAAGGAAUUGAUCUCCAGCCAGGACCGCGUCCUGCUCCGCCGGCGCUUGUUUGCCAUGAAGAGACACGGUCUGCCGCCGAUUGUCACGCAUAACAUGAUGAACGACAACGACGACCCGAUUCUGAACCAGAUCCGCCGGGUACAGCUCUUCAAUCACCCCAGCGACCGGGUCAAGGUUGUGUUCCAUCCGGAGUUCCUCAACUCCGCUAACCCAGUGUUGCCCUUGGACUACGAUGAUUUCGUCCGGGGCACUAACCUGGGCGUCUUUCCGUCCUACUACGAGCCAUGGGGCUACACCCCCGCCGAGUGCACCGUCAUGGGCGUGCCCAGUAUCACCACGAAUCUCUCUGGUUUCGGUUGCUAUAUGGAGGAGCUGAUCGAAAAUUCGAGCGACUACGGCAUCUACAUUGUCGACCGCCGCACGAAGGGUGUCGAUGACUCGGUCAAUCAGCUUACCUCGCAAAUGUUUGACUUCGCCCAGAAGAGUCGCCGGCAACGCAUCAACCAGCGUAAUAGGACUGAGCGGCUUAGUGAUCUUCUGGACUGGAAACGCAUGGGCAUGGAAUAUGUCAAGGCGCGCCAGCUCGCCCUGAGACGGGCGUACCCGACGUCUUUCACCGGCGAGGAGGAGGAGGAUUUCAUCCCUGGCGUGGACCAGAAGAUCUCGCGGCCAUUCUCUGUGCCGGGAUCCCCCCGCGACCGGUCAGGCAUGAUGACCCCGGGAGAUUUUGCCAGCCUUCAGGAAGGCCGUGAGGGCCUCAGCACCGAGGACUAUGUCGCUUGGAAGCUCCCUGAAGAAGAAGACCCCGAUGAGUAUCCCUUCCCUCUGACGCUGAGGACGAAAGCGCCUGAAGCCGGUGGACUUCCGUCCAACGGAACCCCGCUCAACGGCGAAUGA